GUCGCUGUUUAAACUGGAGAAGUCAUUUGCGCAACUGCAGUGAAGACUUCGCGCGCCGUUUCGCAUAAAUUGUUGAGACACACCUCUAAACAAAAGAACGGAAAGUUUUCAGCUAUUCACGGUCGAAGACGGGAUGUUUUAGCAGAAAUAUUCUAGAUUCACACGACAGAGAACACAGCAAUAUUGACGGACUGGGUUGAGGAAACGUUGAAACGCAAACCAAGCAAGAUAAAUGUUGCCUUAUCGGCUCGCUUGUCAGGACUGUGGUGGGAAGUUUGACACCAUCGGCAGCUUCAAGCAGCAUGUCCGCAGGAAGCAACAUCAACAGCAAGUGGCAGAGCUCUUCCAGACAGAUGAGUACAAAGGUCAAGUCUACUUUGCCGCUAUCUCGGUUCUGGAGCAUCUGGCCAGGAAACCCACAAACACCCAAUAUCCCAUCAUCGGUAUGUGCCUGGUGACAUUGUGUGUGUGUCCAGAGGGGAGGGAUACUUUCUACCUUUGUCACAGUUGUGAGGAGAAGUGUGGCCCAGGACAGAUCAUAGACCACCUCCUCUCCGCUGACCACCUCUCCAACUACUAUAGCUACACAGACCCUGAUGUGUUGAGUUUCUCCUGGAUGCCUAACAUGGAUAUGUUGAACCUCAUACGGCCGCUAGCUGUCAAAGAGAUGGACAAGAAUGGACCUGGAGUGCUACGGGUGCUGGACAUGCCUAAGAGUGUGUUUGUGAAGUUGAAGAGAAGUGGCUACUCUAAAGUCAUGCAGGCCCUGACUCAGACUGACAGGCUGGCUGAGUGUAUCAGAGCUGACAGACCAGAGAGGAUGACUAUACAAGAGUACCACAGAGACCCCAACAGGAAACACCCUCUGCUGGGUCUACAGCACCUGGUGGAGUACUGCUGUGAAGGGCAUGGCCAAAGGAGAUCCUACCUCUGUCAGCUCUGUCGCCUUCCCGUCCCCUCACGGAGGGUCAUCCAACACACACUCAGCUUCGACCACCUCUACUGGUACUUCAAGGUGUGUCACCCCUCCACCCUCCUGAUGAAGGACUGUUAUAAAGAGUACAGCUGCAGGUUCAUCUCCAUGAUCCUGGACCUGGCCAAUCAGGCGCAAGACAUCAGUCAGUCAGCCAAUAAGGAGAUACAGCAAGUUGUGUUGGAACCAGCAGUGUUCUCCUCAGUUGAGUUUUCUGUCUACACAGAGGCUCUGAGGAAGUUGCAGACCAUUAGAAGAGAUCAUGAGGGCAGCCUUAAGACCAGCAUUACACCUGGAGACAAACUGGUUCCUUUCUCAGAAGGGUCAAAGAUUACCAAAGAUGUUACCAUGACUACCGUUGCUGAGGCUGUUCCUAUGGAGACCAAGUCAAGCCCAGAGAAGACCUAUGUCACACCUACAGCUAUUGAGACUGUAGCUACAGCAAGUACUGCUCCAGUUGUUACCACAGCUACUAGCCAGAGAGGGACCUGUCGACUGCACUGUCAGGACUGCAACGUGGUAUGUGAGUCUGUGUCGCAGUACAAGUUACAUGUGCGUCACUGGGAACACAAGAAGAUGCUAGGAGAUAUCUUUGGACCAGGGGACGAGGACAGUAAAGCCUGCAUCCCAUCGUUUACCUUGUAUGAGUACCUCCGGAACCCAGAAAGAACCGAACCAAUUAUUGGUGUCUAUCUGUUGGUGAUGUGUGUGAGUACUGAGUGUUGGAAAAUGCCCUUCUACCUGUGUCACACCUGUCAGGAGAUAAUCCCCGCCAAUCUCGUCAUGACUCACCUCACCUCCACACUCCACCUUCGAAGCACUCUGAUGUACCAGAGUCCGCAGUGUCUGCCAUUCGGGUGGGGGACAGAGAUGGGCCUGGAGGUCCUGAAGACUCUGGCCUGGGAGGAGGAGAGAGUCCGAGGAGAGAGAGAAAAUGUACUGAAGGUGUUUGAUAUUCCUGACAGUGUUUUCCACAGCAUUAAGAUGUCCUCCUACUCCUCUGCCAUGAAGAGACUCAAGAACUUCCAUCGUUAUCUAAAAGUUGACAGGCCGCUGACGUUUUCCGCCCAUCUGAAAAACAAAGACCGGAGGAUUCCUUUGCUGGGUCUGCAGUUCCUGGUUCAGUACAGCGUUACUAGGGCCGGGGCCUCGUCUCCAGGCUGGGGUUUCCUGUGUUUGCUGUGUGAGAGGAAGUUGUCAGACGGACUCAGCAUCGCUCACAUACACAGCUAUGAACACGUCACCACGUUCCUGGAGCGUGCCCAUCCAGGCUCUGUGAAAGAGGUAGAGGAGUCUGAUGAGAGGAGGAGCGAAAUACUGCUGGACCUGGCACAACAGGCUGAGAAAAUACAUGCCAUGGGGCGUCUACAGUUCAUGAUGUUGCAACGCUACAUCAGGGAGUCAGUCAGCUACGAGAGAGCCUUAGUGAUCUUGAAGGCGAUCAAGAAGAGAUUGAACAUGGGAGAACUGAUGCCCCUGCUACCACCUGGCAAGAAACUGGUUCCCACCAGUUCGAUCAGAGACCAGAGCCAGACUACCCCAGAACCUGCCCCUGCAUCUGUAGGAGAGGAGAAACAGACCAGGAAAGAGACUGACAAUGAGACCGAGAUGGACAGGGAGGACACCCCAGAAACCAUUCAAAUGACUCAGGAGACUGGGGUGGAAGUGGACAAACGCAUUGGCAAAGAAACCUGCAGUGACCCCAGUAAAGGCACUGGCAGUGACCCCAGUAAAGGCACUGGCAGUGACCCCAGUAAAGGCACUGGCAGUGACCCCAGUAAAGGCACUGGCAGAGAGACCAGUAAAGACACUGGCAGAGAGACCAGUAAAGACACUGGCAGAGAGACCAGUAAAGACACUGGCAGAGAGACCAGUAAAGACACUGGCAGAGGCACAAUAACAAAAGCUAGUCAAGAAACCAGAAAGGACAGCAGGAGCAGAGGGAAAGAUGAGGCAGAAAAGAUAAUCAAGGAGAAAGAGAUGGAGAGAAAUGUUGAGAAAGAGACUGACAAAAAAGAGACCAGUACAGAGACUGUCAAAAAGUUAGGGAGUAAGACUAGAAACAUGACAGUCCAUGAGACCAGCAAAGAGACUGGGAAAACGACCAGUACAGAGACUGUUAAGGAGACUGAGAGAGAGACCUGUAGAGCUGUUAGUAUAGUGGCCAGUAGAGCCAGCAAUAGAGAGACUAAAAGAAAGCAUGCUAAAAAGCCAGAGACUUGUAAAACACCUGAAAAGAAGACCUAUACUCAGACUGUGAAAGAAAAAACUAAAGUGACUCCUCCCCCCAUCUCCCCUCCAACCACUGAUCUGUGGGAUUUCCUGAAGAAGCCGAACCGAGAGGCUGUGAUUGGUCUGAGUGCACUCAUCGAGUGCCACAGUCACGGCCAGCCCCCCCUCUACCUCUGCCAGGUGUGUGGGUGUAAAGUCUUCCAGAACUGCAUCGUCGUCCAUGUAACCACAGACUGCCACCGACUUUCCUACCUGAGGUCGCUGAAGACAGUGAUUGUCCCCAAAGGGAACCAGCUCCAUAGGAAGUUGAGGAGAGCUGCCUUGAAGCUGGAGAAGACCAUGGGAUAUGGAGAGGCUGAGGUAAUGGAGUUGGAUGCACACACAUACAAUUUUGUGUGCAGAAAGAUCCUUUCGCCAUGGUCAGCCCUGACCCCUCCACCCCAGGUGUCAGAGGUCAGCAACCCCACCAUGACCUCUACAGCUCUGUUGUCCCUACCUGAAUGCCUCCACCAGGACACAGCCUGUCAUCGUGUCAUUAUCAGAGUUGCACAGACAGACAGUGAAGUGUACUUCCUCUGGCCGCUGCUGUUCUCACAGAAACUAGUGUACCCUGAGCUGGCUGCUGAUUGGCCAGUGAGCCCAGAGCUGACGGUGAAGGCGGGGCCUCUUCAUGAGGAGCUGAGAGUGAGAGCUGCAGAACUGGAGGCACAGGAGGGACUAGGACAGCCCACGGUGGUAAAGAGAGAACCUGUUGCUGGAGACACAACCACUACCAAUACUGAAGGGACUGCCCAGCAGAGCCAGAACAGCUCACCUCCUCUCACUGUGAAAGAGGAACCGGUUGACUCCACAGUACCGUCCCAGCCCCCUAGAGGAGAGAAGAGGAACAAGAGGAGGAGCAACCCUGUGGUUGGUGUGAACUUCCUGGUCCAGGUGUCCGACAGGAGAAGGAAACAGUACUACUGUCAGCUAUGUUCUGUCAGGAUGAAACACGCUAUUGCUGAUCACAUGACCAGCCUCAGCCACCGACACAACUAUGUGAGGUUGAAGUACCCUGGUUGGACCUCCAGCCCGGUAGAGAUGGAGAAGAAGCUGUUCAAAAUGGCCGUUCACCUGGAGAAGGUCGACAGAGACGCAGGAAUGGGCAUGCAGAAGGUAGAAGUGGAAGCUGAUGAGUACAAAGAGCUGUUGUCCUUUCCUGUGGAGGAAGCUGUCAGUAAACUGCAAGCCAUCAUCAGACGGCAACAAGAGCCAUGCGAUCUGAGACACACAGCUCCCUCGACCAAUCACAACCCAGAGGAUCUGAGACAGACAGCUCCCUUGUCCAAUUCCGAUGCAGCCCAAGGUCCAGCUCAAGGUUUGUGUGGGGCAGAGUCACGUGAGACCGAGGGAGUGUGUCCUCUCCCUGUCAGUCUAUCAGAGGAGGAGAAUGACCAGACGCCCCAGAGGCUCCUGGUUCAGAUCUCAGUGUUUUUGGGAGAAGACCAGGAACCCCUACAAGUACCUUCCCCGUUCCUCCAGGAUCAGCCAUCUCUUACUUCCAUCCCUCUCCCCCUCUCUACACCUCCCCCUAUCCCCCUCUCUUCCUCAAUCCCUCCCUCCCUCUCUCCCUCAAUCCCCCUUUCUACCUCUCUUUCCACAGUUGUCCUAUCUACCUCACCCUCCCUCUCUUCCUCCAUACCAUCCCACACGCCCUCUUUGUCCACAGAGAAUACGACACACCCCUCCCCUGUCUCUGUCCCUGUUCCUGCACCUCUCUCAGCUCUGAGGAGCUCAACACAUUUGAAGGACUGGGAGACUUCCCUGAGUCCAGAGUGGUGGGAGAGGAAGAGCCCAGAAUGCAGAGAGACACAGAUGCUUCUAGAAAUACCAGACAGACACACUCUUCUGGAAUACUCGGACAGAGACAGACAGGCUCAUCUGGAAUACUCUGAGAGAGUCAGACGGACAGACUACUCAGAGAGAGACAGACAGGCGGACUACUCCGAGCGAGACAGACAGGCGGACUACUCGCGAGCGAGACAGACCAGGCGGACUACUCCGAGCGAGACAGACAGGCGGACUACUCCGAGCGAGACAGACAGGCGGACUACUCCGAGCGCGAGACAGACAGGCGGACUACUCCGAGCGAGACAGACAGGCGGACUACUCCGAGCGAGACAGACCAGGCGGACUACUCCGAGCGAGACAGACAGGCGGACUACUCCGAGCGAGACAGACAGGCGGACCUACUCCGAGCGAGACAGACAGGCGGACUACUCCGGGCGAGACAGACAGGCGGACUACUCCGGGCGAGACAGACAGGCGGACUACUCCGGGCGAGACAGACAGGCGGACUACUCCGGGCGAGACAGACAGGCGGCCUACUCCGGACGACAGGCGGACUACUCCGAGCGAGACAGACAGGCGGACUACUCCGAGCGAGACAGACAGGCGGACUACUCCGAGCGAGACAGACAGGCGGACUACUCCGAGAGAGACAGACAGGCGGACUACUUAAGGGGAAACAGACAGACGGAUUACCUGGCAUCUCAGAGCUUACAUCAGACUACAGAGCACUGGGUGACAGGGCAAGUGACCUCCAUGGACACAAUGCUGUACAGUACUCCAACAGAACCGGACGAAGACCAAGAACACACACAUCAUCACAGUGAACACACACAUCAGCACGGUGAACACGCACACUUUGAGCAGGCCCCAGCAAGCUGGCUCAGUGUUCCACAGGUGUAUCUGCUGCCGGACACACCCGCAGCAAAGAGGGUUGUCGGCCCCAGCCACCUGUCCAAGUACCUGAAAGUGAAGGGCCUUCACAACACAGAACCGAUCAUAGGUCUGGGCAGUGUGGUGGAGUGUAGAGGUAUAUCCCAGGCUACGUUUUUCAUAUGUGUGAGCUGUGCUGAGACUCUCUCCAGUACACACAUCUGUGAACACAUCAUCAGUGCGCAACACCAGCAGUGCUACAUGUUUUCCCAGUAUAGUCCUAUGCGCUGUGAUUGGUUGAGAGAGCAGCAGCAGCCUCCGAGUCCACAGCUCCUCAGGAAGGUCGCUUCAGCACUGUCACAACUGGAGGUGGAUCUAGAUGCACAGGUGAUGCUGCUGGAUCAGAUGUGGUAUAACCUUGUGCAGUCAGCUCCAUUCUACGAAGCCAUGAACAUGCUGCAGGAACAGAAUCAGAAUGCCCUGUGUCUACACACAGCAAGCAGACACCAGCUUUGUCCUCCAGUUGGUCCUGACCCAGCAACGGAGCAGGGCUUUGACCAGAACCACAGAGUGAUGGAUAAACUGACCAUGGAUCAGAUUGAGCCCCAUCAUCCCCUGCAGACAGCAGAUACAGUGGCUGGUAAACUGACUGGAGAUCAGCUGGAGUCAGGCCAGUGCAUACAGACCGCAGACAGACGGCCAGAUAAUCAGAACCCGGAUCAGCCCCAGUUGAGCCAGAGCUCAGAGAGAACAGAGCCAAUCAGAGACCAGACACCACAGAAUCAUAAUUCUGAGCCAAUCAGAGACCAGACACCACAGAACAUUGAGCCAAUCAGAGCCCAGAUGCCAAAGAAUUCUGACCCAAUAAAAUCCCAGACACCACAGAACACUGAGCCAAAAAGAGCCUGGAUGCCACAGAACUCAUCAGAACCACAUCUGGACCAAGACAACACAGUCAUUAUCAAACAGGAGCCUGUGGACCCCAAGAUGGAACCUCAGACCCAUCCUCAGACCCAGCCUGAGGUGGACCCCUUAAAGGAUUCCCUGUAUGGACACAGAGUCCAGUUCUCCCCAGAUGUACAGAACCUGGCUGGUGUGUGUGAGGUGGAGUACCAGGGUACCGUCCUAGGACACAGCCAAGAGGUGACACGUAUAGGAGGGGCCACAGAGAACUCCCUUCACUCCACCAAGAACCUGAGAGACUCCGUCAACAACAGCCUGCCUCUGGUCGGUCUCAGUGCAGUGAUAGAGUGUUGCAGUGAGGGCCAGGUGUCCUUCUACCUGUGUGUGUCGUGUGGCAGCAAAAUUGAAAAAACUCUACUCAUCAGCCACGUCCUCAAAUACAGACACCGACAGAUAUACCUGACAAUGAGGUACCCGUGGUAUUUCCUUGGUGUGGUACCAGCCCGAGGGUUGGCAGAACAGUCCAGACUGAUGCAGAUUGCUAAGGAGGUGGAGGAGCAGAACCAUGAUGAGCCUGGCACGCUACAGGAGGUGAUUCUGGCCCCUGCUGACUUUGACGAGAUCAAACGGAUGCUGUUUGAUAAAGCUGUAUCCCGUUUGCAGGAGAUCUGUAGAGAGCAGAACCAGACUGAACUCCUCACCAUGGUCACCAGCAAACCUGAACCAAUAGUGGUCAAGCAGGAGAUUGUGGAGUGCCAGGUGGUCUCCCAUCAGGCCUUGGGGCAAUUCCUACCGACACAGAGAUGUAGGAGAAACACUGGAAAGCGUUGUUCUAACGUUGAGGGGUCAGAGGUGAGGGGUCAGCAGCAGGUGAAGAAGAGAAAGGUGUCUAGCCCCCCUGAGGGUCACACUGCCCCUGUCAUCUGUCUGUCAUCUCCUGAAGUCACCAAGUCUUCUGACACACACACUGUCAACCAGACACACACCAUCACACCCUCACCCACACAAUCCAACACAAAGCCAAAACUCACACCCUCAUGUACACACUCUGACUCUCAAAAUAAACUUAAACCUUCACGCACACACCCCAAACCCAAUUCAACCGCCCCAGAAUAUACUAGACCCAAACUCAUUCCCCAUUCUGCCACCAAGCCCUCCGGUAUCCCUGCCGACAGCCUGACUGUUGCCAAAGAGUCCUCUAGCAAGAAACCCACUCACACACUGUGCAAACCCACACACACACUAUCCAAUCCCACAAAAACACUCUUCACCAGUAGCCAGAAGCUCACUGACAAACAUUCGGACAAGAAUGAGUCUCAGAAACAUACUGAAAAGGCUAAACCUACUCGCACACAAAGUGAACGCACACACAGAAACCGCACACACACUCGCAAACACAGUGACCUCACAUGCACUGACAAAGCCAAAGACAGACACAGUGACAGGACCAAACGCAGACACAGUGACCGCAAACACACUAACAGACAUUCUGACCACUCACGCUCUCACACCCUCUCUAAGAGACAUAAUCGUAGCUCCAGCCGUUCCUCCAAAGCCUCCCCCAUAGCUAGUCCCUCUGAGCCCCCCUUGCUCUCCCCCUACUCCCCCGCUGCAUUCUCCCCCACCAGAGCCACUUCUGCAGCGAGCCUAAGCCAGGUCAAACCCAGCCAACCAUCCUGCCUACUCAACAAACAACUACCCAAACAGUCCAGCCAACCAACCAAGAGACCCCCCAACCCAACCUCAGCAGUCAGACCUCUCCAGACCCAGGCCAACCCUCCCAACAACACCUCUUACCCCCACCUGCACCCAGCAAGAACCGGACCCAGGACCCCCCCACCCGGACCCAUGACCCCCCAACCUCCGGCCAUCCCUUCCUGCCUCACUCCUCCACCCCAGCCAGAUCCUGUCUACGCCUCUGGGGUUAAGAAGAAGACUUCCAUCGUAGACUGUGAUCAAUUUGUGGAAUACUUUGUCUCUUUGUUGCGCUCCCCCCACUUUCCUCCUGCCCUAACCACCCCAGAGAGGGCAGAGAGCGCUCAGGCUCAUACCAGGGCAACAGGCCCUAACCCUGGAGGGGAGGAGAUGAGGGGUGACUCAAACGGUCAUGCCAUCGCCAUAGUGGCGGCAUUACCCAACCUGCUAAAAAGGAAGCUAUCCCUACAGAAACCCGAGGACAGAGACCCCUGGAACUACGAGAGCCGACAGUUCACCCCCAACUCCAAACCUAACCCCAACUUCCAGAACCCUAACUCCAAACCUAACCCCAACUUCCAGAACCCUAACUCCAAUCCAAACCCCAACUUCCAGAACCCUAACUCCAAUCCAAACCCCAACUUCCAGAACCCCAACUCCAAACCUAACCCCAACUUCCAGAACCCUAACUCCAAACCUAACCCCAACUUCCAGAACCCUAACUCUAACCCUGACUUCCAGAACCCUAACCCCAACUUCCAGAACCCUAACUCUUACCCCAACCUCCAGAACCCCUAACUCUAACCCCAACUUCCAGAACCCUAACUCUAACCCCGACUUCCAGAACCCUAACCCCAACUUCCAGAACCCUAACUCCAACCCCAACUUCCAGAACCCUAACUCCAACCCCAACUUCCAGAACCCUAACUCCAACUCUAACCCCAACUUCCAGAGUUCUACCCCCACUACUAAUGCCACACUAGCCCAGGGGGGUUACACUGGAGGGGUUACCGUUUCCUCUAGCCCUAACCCCACUGACCCACAGCCCCCAGAGAUUAUACCUGGUUCCACCUACCCUGGUUCCACCUACCCUGGUUACACCUACCCUGGUUACACCUACCCUGGUUACACCUACCCUGGUUCAGGUUACGCUGGAGUUGUCAGUGUUAGUCAGUUCACUUCCAACUCCCCCAUUAACCCUAUCCCCAGCCCCAGUAACACACAGCCACAGGCAAGGUGGUCUGGGGGCAACUGGGGAACAGGCUACCCAGAGGCAGGCUACCCAGGGGCAGGCUAUGUUACAACGGGUCAGGCUGGUACUUCCUACCCUGGAGCUGUCUCUUCUGGAAGUGGAGCAGGCUACCCUGGAGUUCUGCUCUACCCAGAGAUGGGCUACUCAGACAUAGACUGCCGUGGACAGGCUUACCCUAGGUCUGUGACUGGACUCGGCUCUGCUGGGACUGUUAUGCCCCCAGGAAGCCUCUACUCUACCACACCAUCUCCAGCCAACCCCAGCUAUUUGGCCUUGACCCAGCCAUCACUUGACCCAGCCAGCUACUCCGCCUGGACUGCUACUGUCACCGGGGUUGCCAUUGAAACCAGCACAGCAGAGUAUCUGCCACGCACUCAGUGAGGACCACGCCGGCCUAGAUUUACUUAACGUGAAGCACUGACUGCUGGACAAUCGCUGGACUUGGAGGAGACGCACACACAUAUACACAUACACACACACACACAGAUUGAUGAAGUAACAUUUUGUUACCGAAUGUCAGUUUUAAAAUGAACGAUUCUUGGUUUUCCUCUAUUUUGUAUUACUUAAAGGUAACCCUCUUGGUUUUCCUCUAUUUUGUAUUACUUAAAGGUAACCCUCUUGGUUU